UCACUUUAAAAGUUUAUUCGGGCCGGACUUGCGGUGGAGCGAGCUGUCUCUGCCGGCAUGCUGCGCCUCCGGAGGCUGUGUGCCAUGAGCCUGGCGGUGCAGGGGCCCCGGCCUGUCCUCUCUCCGGGAUGGCAGGAAGCGAAUUCGCAGCACGUCCGUCCGCUCAGCUCCCAAGAGCUGGAACGCACCGCCCCUCUGCCCGUUGGGGGCUUCAGCUACCUUCAGGGACACACCAGUUUCCCUCUUAUCAACAAGACUGUGGGGCAGUGCCUUGAUGCCACAGCACAGAGGUUCCCCGACCGAGAGGCCUUGGUUGUCCUCCAUGAAAACGUCAGGCUGAACUUCGCCCAACUCAAGGAAGAGGUGGAUAAAGCUGCUUCUGGUCUUCUGAGCAUUGGCCUCUGCAAGGGUGACCGGUUGGGCAUGUGGGGACCCAACUCCUAUGCAUGGGUGCUCAUGCAGUUGGCCACUGCCCAGGCAGGCAUCAUUCUGGUGUCUGUGAACCCAGCCUACCAGGCUAUGGAACUGGAGUAUGUCCUCAAAAAGGUGGGCUGCAAAGCCCUCGUAUUCCCCAAGCAAUUCAAGACCCAGCAAUACUACAACAUCUUGAAGCAGAUCUGUCCGGAGCUUGAAAAGGCCCAGCCAGGGGCCUUAAAGAGUGAGAGUCUCCCAGAUCUGACCACAGUCAUCUCGGUGGACGACCCUUUGCCGGGGACCCUGCUGCUGGAUGAUGUGGUGGCAGCUGGUAGCACAGAGCAGCAUCUGGCCCAGCUUCGACACACCCAGCAGUUCCUGUCCUGCCAUGACCCCAUCAACAUCCAGUUCACCUCGGGAACCACAGGCAGCCCCAAGGGGGCCACCCUCUCCCACUACAACAUUGUGAACAACUCCAACAUGAUAGGCCAGCGCCUUAAAAUGCAUGUGAAGCUGCCAGAGGAGUUGCGGGUGGUCAUGCCCUGCCCCCUGUACCACUGCCUGGGCUCCGUGGGGGGCACGAUGAUGUGUUUGAUGCACGGUGCCACUCUCCUUCUGUCCUCUCCGAGCUUCAAUGGCAAGAAGGCGCUGGAGGCCAUCACCAGAGAGAAAGGCUCCUUCAUAUAUGGCACCCCAACGAUGUUCGUGGACAUUAUGAACCAGGCCGACUUCUCCAGUUACGACUUAUCAUCCUUAUGUGGAGGUGUGAUCGCCGGGUCCCCUGCACCUCCAGAGCUGGUCCGAGCCAUCAUCCACAAAAUGAACAUGAAGGAGCUGGUGGUUGUUUAUGGAACUACAGAGAAUAGUCCUGUGACCUUCAUGAACUUCCCUGAGGACACUCUGGAGCAGAAGGCAGAGAGUGUGGGCAGAGUUAUGCCUCACACGGAGGUGCAUCUCCUCUCUCCUACCCUCCCAACUGGAGCAGUCCCAUGGGAAGCCCGGAUCGUGAACGUGAAUACAGGGGAGCUGGCCGAGCUGAACACGCCCGGGGAGCUGUGCAUCCGAGGGUACUGCGUCAUGCAGGGAUACUGGGGAGAGCCUCAGAAGACCUUUGAAGCAGUUGGGCAGGACAAGUGGUAUCGAACAGGAGACAUCGCCUCCAUAGACGAGCAGGGCUUCUGCAAGAUCGUGGGUCGCUCUAAGGACAUGAUCAUCCGGGGCGGUGAGAACAUCUACCCAGCAGAACUUGAGGAUUUCUUCCACACACACCCACAGGUGCAGGAAGUGCAGGUGGUGGGAGUGAAGGACCACAGGAUGGGGGAGGAGAUUUGUGCCUGCAUCCGGCUAAAGAGUGGGGAGACCACCACUGAGGAAGAGAUCAAAGCUUUCUGCAAAGGGAAGAUCUCCCACUUCAAGAUCCCCCGCUACAUCGUCUUUGUCAGGGACUACCCCCUCACGGUCUCAGGAAAGAUCCAGAAAUACAAACUCCGAGAGCAGAUGGAAAGACAUCUGAAACUGUGAAUCCAGGGGAGGAGGGGUCCAACCCGGCCUGCCUCCCGCCCCUCCCCCCAAGCCCCAGUCUUCUUUGUCAUUUGGCAUAAAGAGCUCUAUGUUUCCUGGUCUCUGGCUGGAGUACUCUCUCUGGAACGACAGUGGAUGGAGAAAGGAGGAGUCUCAAGAGAAACCAGCACUUUCAGACUGAUUCCUCUGAAUACUACUUUUUAAGUAGAUGAUCUGUUUAAUCUAACCCUCACCCCAUCCCUUUGAGGUUGCAAACCCAUUUUUUCUGUUUCUUCUUCUUCUUUUUGGUACUGGGGAUUGAACCCAGGGAUACUUUACAACCAUCCUCAGCCCUUUUUAUUUUGAGACAGGGUCUUCCUAAAUUACUAAGUCAGGCUUGAACUUGUAAUCCUCCUGCCUCAGCCUCCCAAAUUGCUAGGAUUAUGGUGUGCACCACCAUACCCGGCUUCCAUUUUUUCUUUUGUAAGCUUUACCUGAUCCAUCAUUUUUCACAUUGUUGCCAGAGAAGUCCAACAAUAAAUAUUCUUUUAAAAAAAAAUAAGAGCAUAUGAUAUGUCAAGAGCUUUGUAAUGUUUUGAACAACUAAUAAAAAAAGAUAAAAAAAUAA